CCGAGUCAAACUGGCAGCCAAAAGCUUGCGGUAAAGCUCACCAGCCUAGACAUCCGAGCCGCGAGUGUGAGCGUUCACACAGAGAGAAAGCAUUCGCAGGAUGACCACCGAAGUCAACGCCUCCGUGUUGGGAGGCACUGUGCUCAACGCUGGACCCCUGGGCACGGACACAACGUAUGGAAAGCUGCCGCCGCUGAACCCUGAUGACCUCAAGUUGCCGCCUCCGCCGCCAUCAGCCGCCAACAAAGUGACCAACACGGCGGACGCCAUCUCCAUCAGCGAAGUGUGGAUAGAGAUCAAGGCCAAGACCCGGGAAAUCAUCCUAGGCUCGUCAGUAUCUGGCGUGUUGUCUGCCAUGCGUAUUGUGAACCUGGCGAUGGCCGGCUGCAUGGUCGGACUGGCCGUGGGACAAAUCAUUCAGUCAGACUCGGCCUUCUCCGUCAUGGCAGACGCGCUCUCAGUCAUCUACACCAUCUUUUUCGCGUUGAUUUUGGUGGGAUACGAGCUACGCACAGCCUACAUCGACAAGAUUCUUCGUGGCAGCUUCGGCUUCAUGUACAGCCCCUGGGGUCGAUGCCUCUUCCUGAGCAUGAUCUCUAUCUUUCCGUUCGGCAUGUGUGGCGUCUACGGCAUCCUCGUGUCGCUCGCGGGCUUCUCCAAUGCGUACUUCAACUACUUUGUCAUCAUGAAGCACCCCUCUUUCACGCGCGGCGUUCCCGACUACACCCCACCCGAGGAAACUCCGGCAGCCAAGGCCAAGACGGUCACGGAGGAGGACACCACUGUCUAAGGAGAUAUUUUCUUCCUCAGCUUAUGAUCAAGAGGUCGAUAGCAGACGUCACUCACCAUAGCCAAACGAAGUGACGCACGCGUUACUGCACUGUGUAGCUAUGAAAGAGUUUCGACUGCUUCUAGCCUCUUGACGUGGAGACCGGCAGUCAUGCAUUUAUCGAUCCUCAUAAUUUACCGGAGCGUUUACUGAGCC